UGAGGCAGCAGCUCACAGGUGAUUUCACUUAACGUCACUAACGAGCAUCAGUCCGUCUGUGCUGACCUGUGAGAUCAUGCUGCGUAUGCUGCUCGCUGCACUUCUGUUUGUCAAAUCUCCUACAGAUGUCGAGUCUGGUCCGAUACAGGGAGAAAGACAAGCACUCAAGGAAGACUGGUUCACCAGGGUGCUGAAGUAUAUGGACUCUAACCCAGAGACUUUAGAGGAGCUGACGACCAAGCAAUACGCAGUGUUGGAGGGAGACAUGAUUCUGUCAACUGACAGGAAUGCAGUGGCGAGCCCGUGGCCGACGCUGGAGAUCCCGUAUAAAAUCAGCUCAGAGAUAGAGAAUCGGAGGCACGACAUCCUCUCUGCGAUGGCGAUGGUGUCUAAACACACCUGUGUGUCCUUCCACCCGCGAAACAAUGAGACAGACUACCUGCUCUUCAAAUCCAGCAGAGGCUGUGCUUCAUACGUGGGCUAUAUCGGCGGACAGCAAGAGGUGUUUGUUGGGCCGGGGUGCAUCCUGGGUAAUAUCGUCCACGAGAUUCUUCAUGCUCUGGGCUUCCACCAUGAACACACCAGGACAGACCGCGGCCAGUACAUCACAGUUCUUUCCCAUAACAUAAUGAACGGAAAGGAGAGAAACUUCUAUAAGCUUCCAGGCCAAACCUUUGACCUCGAUUAUGACAUCUCCUCUAUCAUGCACUAUGGAAGUGGGUUUUUUUCAGCUAACGGUCUGCCCACCAUCAUUCCUCACGGUGAAAUGAAGGAGAUGGGACAGAGAGUCAAGAUGACAAAGCUGGACAUCGAGAGAGUUCGACGCCUCUACCACUGUGACACCAUAACAGAGGAGGUGGAGAAGAGCAGUGCUGCUGAGAAGGAGGAAGAUGCGAGCGUACAUCAUGUACUUUUCCACGAUGCGGCGUCCGGCCUCACAACGAAGAACAAAGCUCUCAUCUCUGCCAACAAACCAGAGGAAAGUCACACAUCCAGCAGCACCUUGUCUACAGCUGCCGGCCUGCAGCACCUGAACGCUGCCACCAGAGGGCAGGAAAACACCAGCAGAGGGAACUAGACUGAGCUGAGGCUGAACUACUUAUUAAUAAAACCAACACACAUACCUGUG